AUGGAGCCUGGCAGGCCAGCGCCCUGGCCAGGGCUCCCCCCGCAGCAGGCCAAGCCACGGAAACAUGGCAAGCAGACGUCCGGUAGCUGGACUUGGCUGCAGGCUCUGUCCUCAGACGUGUUCUUCAAGCUGUGCCCGCUCCUGGCGAGGGCCAGCGCCCGCCACCUACGGAUGCAGGAAGGCCUGUGGGAGUGCCCGGUGCGGAGAGGCUUGGGGCCGCGCGGGCGUUGGGAAGCCCAGCCUCCUGCACAGCCCCCCGGCGGCCACACGGCGGCACUGUGGGAGCUCGGCCGCCAGACCCCCGGGGCUGGCCAGUCCACCGUGCACAGGGGCCCGGCCGGCUCCUGCACUCCAGCUGGUCACUCGGCCUGCUCCUGCCCCGGGAGGCUGCGGCCUGAGACCCGCAGCCUGGACGUUCAGAGGGAGCCACUCGGGGACUUUCUGAUGCUGGUCACCAGCAAGAGGAACCACAACGGGGAGGGUGACAGUGAUGAAGCGGUGACUGCCCACCUUAGGGCCGAGAUCUGCUCCCAUGGGCGGUGCCAUGCAGGGGCUGUGACCUUGCAGCGGCCCUUAGCCAAGGCUGAGCAGAGCAGGGCACUGGAGGCAGGAGGAAAGGACACGGCUGGGUUCAACUACGAGUCUGAGAGGCUGGAGGACACCGUCUUGAGUCCCAUGGCCAGCAGAGAAGACCGGGCACUGACCGUGCGUGGGGAAGGCUGGCCGGCUUUGCCCACCCCUGUGCCCGCCCGAAUCCGUGAGAUCGUAGCUGGCAGUCUGAGGGACGAACCACACCAAGGGCUGCAGGAGCCGCCGGCCGUGUCAGCAGGGGUGCGGGAGGAGAACGAGCGUCUGCAGGAGGAGCUGUCCAGGCUGGGGGAGCUGCUGGCCCAGGCAGACGCAGAGCAGGACGAACUGGCCGGCAGGUACCACGCGGCCAGUGCGCGGCUACAGGCCCGUCUAGAGACUACCGAGGCUCGGCUUCGGAGGUCGGAGCUGGAGCAUAGCGCGGACCUGGAGGAGGCCCUGGGCCGUCUGGAGGCCGCUGAGCAGAGGAGCACGGGGCUCUCCCAGGUGAACACCCUUCUGCGGGAACAGCUGGGGCACAUGAAGAAGGCCAACGACAGGCUGGCCGAGGAGCUGGCCAGGACGACGGACGGCGUACUCCAUCUUCGGGGCCAGCUGGAGCUGACGGAGGCGCGGCGCCGGGCGGAGACGCAGAUCCGGCGCACACGCUCGGGGGGGUCCCAGGACUUCCUCCUCCUGUGGAGACAGGUCACCGCACUCCGCGUACAGCUGGCCGAGCUGCGCACAACCGCGGAGAGGGCUCUCACCGACAUGCGCGCGGAGAUGGCCAGGACAGCCGGGCGCCUGCAAACGGCCUGCCUGGCCCUGGGCUCCAGGCUGCGGCUGGCGGCCAGCAGUGCGGCGGGCGCCCUGGAGCAGCGGCUGCGGGACCAGGUGCGGGAGACGCUGCAGCUGCAGGGCCGCUGGGACGCGGAGAAGGUGGCGCUCCAGGCCAGACUCUCUGAGCAGACGCUGCUGGUGGAGAAGCUCACAGAACAAAACUCGAAGAAGGAGAGAACCAUCUCUUCCCUCAAAAUGGAUGUCCAGAAACUGGACUCCCGGCGCAGCGGAGGCCAGCGGGCAGCGGACACUCUGGAGGACCAAGUUGAAGCCCUACAGCGUGUCUUGAAGAGCAUCACAGAGGUGGCCCAGGAAGAUGCAGGGUGCCCGGAGCGGGCGUGCAGCGGCGGUCCCGAAGCUCAGGAGGCACAGGGCCAAGUGCGGAGGCCCGGGAGCUCUGUGUCCCCCCACCGCGGGGUGUCCCCACCGCGGGCCCACGCCCUGGACGCCCUGCACCCCGCACUGCAGGCUGUGCACGCGGCUAUCGAGAGGUGGCGGCUGCUGGAGCAGGUGGGCGGCCUCAGUCCACAGGGGCCCCGGAGGCGAAGCAGUGGCCUCGUCUCCACCAGGCGCAGCUUUGAAACCCAGGCCGGAAGUGCCAUUACAGGGCCUGCUGGUGGCUCGCCCUGGGGCCACAGGAAGGGGGACCUGGGUGCCCCAGACGGGAGCCAGGGGUCUUUGAGAGGAAGGGUCUCCGCGUGGCCUGCCCCCAAGCCCUACAGUCCCAGGGAGGGGGUCCGCAUCUUAAGUGCAUCUUUUCUGGGGGAGUCUGUGGUCAAGGACUACGCAGGCCAGAGUGACUCACGCCGCACCCCCUCCUCGGGGCAGGAGCUGCGCCUGCAGCUGGGGUCCUCCCAGGCGGUGGCAGCCAGGCUCCAGGAGCAGCUGUCGGAGGCCCAGCGGGAGCUGCAGGCCGCAAGGAGGCUCCUACAGGAGCGGGCGCAGGAGCAGGUGCGGGAGCCCGAGGACCUCCUGCGUGAGCUGGAGGCGCAGAGCCGCGAGGCACAGCGCUGCAGGGCGUCCAGCGAGCUCUUGCAAAGAGAGAAAAGGGCUCUGGAAACGGCGGUGGAGGAGAUGAGAGGGAAGGCGGCCUGUGCAGACGCAGAGAAGCAGAGGCUGGAAGCCGAGAACACGGAGCUGCACAGGAGCCUCCUGCUGUGGGCGGAACAGAAGGAAGAGCUGGUGCAGCAGGGCAAGAGGGGCCGCCGGGAGCUGGAGACCAGUCAAGGGCGCCUGGAGCAGCUGGAGGAGAAGGUCUCAGGGCUCAAGAAGGAGCUGGUGUCCGCCCAGGAGGCGCUGAACUCGGCCCGGCUGCAGAGGGACGUUCUGGAGAGCGAGAGGGAGGGUCUGCACAGAGCCCUGGCCCGGGCCGAGUCCAGCAACACUGACCUGGAGCUGCUGGUGACCCGGCUGAAGUCGGAGGGUGUGGAGCAAAGGGACUCCCUGGCCAAGAUGGCCGCCCUGACGGAGGGGCUGGCUCGGGACAAAGGCGCCCUGGGCCACCAGGUCCUGCAGCUGGAGCAGGAGCGGGAGCAGCUGCGGGAGCGGCAGAAGGCUCUGGAGCAGGAGCGGGCGGGUGCCCUGGAGCGGCUGGCGCGGGCGGAGCAGCAGCUGGGGCCGGUGCAGCAGGCCUGCGGGCGCCUGGAGGAGCGGCUGCAGGGGCGGGAGGCCGCCUUAGAGCGCCAGAGGGCCCGGCUGCAGGAGCAGGUGGGCCAGGUCACAUGCAAGAAGCAGGCUCUGGAGGAGCAGCUCGCCCAGAGCCUGCAGGACCGGGAGGCCCAGCGGGACACGCUGCAGAGGACCCUGCAGGAGAAGGAGGCUCUGUCUGAGGAGCGGGCCCAGCUGCUGGCCAAGCAGGAGGCCCUGGAGAGGCAGGUCCGGCUCACGGCUGAGGAGGCGGCCGAGCUCAGGGCUGAGAGGGACUCUCUGGAGAGAAGCCUCUUUGAGACCCAGCAGCUGGUGAUGCAGCUCCAGGCACAGCGGGAGCAGCUGGAGGGACAGGCCCGGAGCAUGCGGCUCGCUCGGCAGGCCCUGCAAGUGGAAAUGCAGCAGCUGAGAAGUGCCUGGGAGGUCCAGGAGACAAAGCUGCAGUGGGACGUGGGGAGGCUUCAGCGGCAGGUGGCACAGCAGGAGCGGGACUUGCAGCUGGCCCUGGAGAGCCAGGCGCUGGCCCACCACGAGGACCUGGCUCGGCUCCAGAGGGAGAAGGAGUCCCUGAGUCUGUCUCUGACAGAGGAGAAGGAAGUGGCAGCUCACCGGUUGGAACAGGAGAAGAAGCUGGUAGCAAAGAAUGCGGCCAAGAGGGAGGCUCUGAAGGAGGAAAUUCAGAGCCUAAAGCAUGAGCGGGAUGAGAGUCUCCUCCAAUUGGAAAAUGAGAUGCAAGAGGCCCUGUCACUGAAAGAAGAAGAGAGGAGGCUGCUGAGGGAAGAACUCUUCAGAGCCAUGCAGGAGCUGGGACAGGUGCGGCAGGAGGCCCAGAGCCAACAAAAGCAAGCCGAGGCCACCGUCAGCGCCACGGCUGCGGAGCUGAAGGCCCUGCAGGCCCAGUUCGAGGACGCCAUCUCGGCCCAUCAGAGAGAGGCCGCGGCUCUGAGAGACAGUCUCCGGGAGAUGGCGGCAGAGAGAAGCAACGCCGGGAGAGAAGCGGAGGGGCUGCGGGCACAGCUGGACGAGGCCCGGGAGGCACUGGCCGUGCUGCGCGGGGAGCUGCAGGGCAGCGAGGAGAGCCGCGAGGGGCUUCGCAGGGAGGCCCAGGAGGCCCGCCGGGCGCUGGGCGAGGAGGCCCGCGAGAAGGCUGUGCUGCAGAGCUCCAACACCGAGCUGCGGGCCGCUCUCCGCAGGGCCGAGCAGGACAAGGCCAGUUUUCAGAGGUCCAAGGAAGAAAGGGAACAGAAGGUGCUGGUCCUGGAGGAGGCACGAGCAGCGGCCCAGAAGGAGGCCUGUGAGCUGCGGGCCAGCCUACGGGAGGUGCGGCAGGCUCGCGCCGACGCCUGCCGGGAGCUCCAGGAGCUGGGCACACAGGUCCUGAGGCUGCGGCGGGAGCUGGAAGAGGCGGAGGCUGGGGCUGAGGCCCGAAAGCAGCAGCUGGAGGAGGGCCUCUGCCAGAGCCGGGGGGCCGAGCGGACCCUCCGGGCCGAGCUGCACAUGGUCACCGGGAAGCUGCAGCAGGCCGGUAGCGUGGCCGACGGCCUCCAGGCUCGCCUGGACGAGGCCGGCCGCCGGCUCCACGGCCUGGAAGGGGAGCUGGCCCGGGCUGAAGGUGCCAGGCGGCACGCGGAGGCCCAGCUGGGCCGGCUGUGGUCCACCCUGUGCCACGGCCUGGGGCUGUGGGGACGAGGCCCCUCAGGCUCCCCCGAGUGGCCCGGCUUCCCCAGUACAGGCUCAGAGAGCAUCCAGAGCGCCGGCCCCCCGACCAGGUCCGGCUCACCACUCCGAUGGCCCUCACCGGCACCUGGGGACCCCUGCCCAGAUGUGGACGUGGCCUCUGUGCGAGACGCCCUGACGGACUUUGUGCAGAAACUGCGGGUUGCCCAGAGGGAACGGGACGACUGGCACCUCCAGGUGGUGAGCCUGAGCGGCCGGCUGAGCGAGGCAGAGCGCGAGCGUGCCCAAGCCCAGAGCCGCGCGGCACGGCUGCAGGAGGCACUGGCAGAGGCGGAGGAAGCCCGGCGCCAGGCGGAGAGUGCGAGGCGCAGGGCCCAGGCAGCGCGCGCCCUGCAGGAGGAGGCGCUCCGGAGCCUGGAGGAGCAGCACCGGGCUGGCAGGCGGGCGGCCAGCUGGGAGAAGCGGAGGCUCCAGGAGCAAGUGGACGCACUGCACGGGGCCCUGGAUGAGAGCAGAAGGCACAGCCAGGCCCUGGCCCAGAGGGGGACGCGGCUGGAGGCGCAGGUCGCCUGCCUGGGGCGCAGAUGCCAGGAGGCAGAGGGCACGUUGGAGCCCGCGCAGGUGAGGGGCCCCAGAGGGCAGGGCCCCGCAUUCCCUUUACAGAAUCAUCGUCCCCCCCGGCAGGAAAGGAGAUGCCGGAGGCGAGCGUUCACACCUGGAGCCCCAGAUGCCCAGACACCACAGCGGACAGACGGGGAAACUGAGGCGGGAGGGAGUCAGAGGCCCGAGGCCUCUCCCCGGGUUUCCGGCUGCACAGCACGCGCCCCUAGGACGGAGGGCCGGCCGUGGACGCGCAGCUCAGGGGAAGAGAGCGGGGCCGCCCUGCAGACCUCCGUAACCCCAUGCCUGGUGGUGACGCCCCCGCUACUUUUCCUCUCCUCUCGUAUGGCACCCCGGGGCCAGAGCAAAUCGCCCGGCUUUGUCCCCAGUGUCUGGGCCACAGCCCUGCAUGGAGCUAAUAGUGGCCUGAAGCACUCAGUGGGCACAGAGGAGGAGCACGGGGACACGGCCCUGCCGGCUCAAGCCCUUGCCGCUGCAGCGCUGGCCUGGGCAGAGGAGCAGCGGGGUCCCUCUGGGAGCGACGUCUGCCUUCGAAGGCCUCCCCGCGCCCAGCUGGCCCCCAGCCUCUCUGACAAGGAGGGCCGGCUGCAGUGCCCGCGGACCGAGGGGAAGACUGGCCUGGCCCCGCCUCCCCCCACCCCCACCGCCAGAGGGCCUCUACAGACUCCGACCCCUGGGCUCUUACAGACGGAGCAGGAGGCGCUGAGGACAGAAGGGGACACGGCAAGGAGGGGGGCCCGGGAGGAGCAAGUUGCCCCUGCCCGUGGGCAGCCUGCACCAGGAAGGCGACAGGGCGCCGAGGCACCACCAGCGGCGGCAGGUCAGCUGGGCCAGCCUCGGGGGUGCACCCAGGGGCGGGGAGUGUCCGGUGGGUCUCACGCCGCACAGCCCACGCGGAGGCGCCCACACAGCCGGGAAGGACGGGGUGGACCGCUCCCACACCGACCGACGCGGAGACCCAGCCCCAGACGACAGUGGGGUCUACCAGGCUCACACCGCAAGGGGCAGGCAGAGGUGGAACCAGGGCCCAGGGCUCUGUGGGCCCCUCCUGGUUCCCCUCCCCAGGCCCCGCGGGAGUGGCCACACGGCCGAGGGGGCUUGUGCAGAACAGAGCACGACGGGGAGGAGUGUGGGAGGCGCGGGGUCAGGCAGGCCUGUGGGCAAGUCCAGGGGCCGCUCCUGUGUGUUUGGGGGGCAUCUCCCCUCCCACCGCUGGCCAGACCCCUACCUCCACACAAGGACUUGGCAAGAGGGGCAGGGGCGAGACCAGUCCAGCCAAGCAGAAACUGGGAUGCCAGUAAAACAGCUGUGAGGCCUAGCCUGGAGGCCCGUGGGUGGGGCUCCGGGCCAGACAAGGCCCAGGGGCUGAAUGUGCUCGAACCCCUGGUCGGCCUGCCAGUCUUGGGCCGGGGCCCGUGCCCAGCAGAGGGCAGAGGAGCCAGCUGGGGGCUGGAGGAAGGAAUAGUAGCCCUAGGGGGAGGGCUGGACGCCCUACCCUGGACUCUGUGCAGCUCUCAGGUCGGCGGGCAGCAGGGAGGAGCCCAGGUUCUCACCUCGGGCCCGGAGAGCGGAGCAGUCCCAGGCACAGGCCCAGCGGUCGGGAGCUGGCCACAGGCCCGGCUGCAGGCUGUGCAGGCCCUGGAGAGCCGGCGGCAGAGCCACCGGUAGCGGCGGCGGCCGAAGUUCCCGGAGGAGGAACAGGGGGCUCCCAGCCACCCCCAGGGGCUCUCACACUCCAUCCAACCACCCCCACCACACACCGAGGGGCAGAGCGAGUGUUCUGAGACAGGCCACCAGCCGCUCUGUGCCUCCAUCGCUGGGCCCCUAGGAGGAAGGACCCCCAGAGCUCUCCACAACCACGGCCUGGGGGCCCUGGCUACAGGCCCUGCCCGCCCCCCGCCACCGCCCCACCCACCUGAGCUCCUGCCCUGUCCCCAGGUGGCCAGUCUGAAGAAGCAGCCGGACCAGGAAGCACCUCAGCAUCAACAGGCCCGCCUCGGCCAGGCCUUGCGGGCCAAGAAGUAA